AUGAAGAAGAAAUCUGCCGCAAAGUCCGACGGCAAAGCCAUCCCCCCCGCGCCGGGUACGUACCCCAUCAAUCCCACUAAGGUGUACAUGGGCAACCUCGCCUGGUCCAUCGACGAGAACGCCAUCAAGGAGGCCUUCGCGGACUGCGGCAACGUGCUGAGCAUCAACUGGUUCGAGGAGAAGGACACGAAGAAAUUCCUCGGCGCGGGCGUCGUGGAGUUUGACACCCAGGAGGGGGCCAACGCCGCCAUAGCCGCGUCCGGCAGGGAGGUGCACGGACGCGAGACGAAGAUCCGCGGGUGGGAGCAGCGUGGCACCGAAGCGUCGGAGAAGCGCGCGGCGAGGGCGGCGCAGAAGAUGGAGGUCAAGCCGAUGGGCCCAAAACCGCCGGGGUGCUACACGCUGUUCAUGGGCAACCUCAACUUUGCAAUCGACGACGACGCCAUCUACAACUUCUUCAAGGACAACGCGGGGGUGGAGAUGUCCGCGGUGAGAUGGCUCACGAACAAGGACACGGGGGAGUUCCGGGGCGUGGGGUUCGCGGAUUUCGCCACGGACGAGGACCUCGACAAGGCUGCCGCGUUGAACGGGCAAGACUGCAUGGGUCGGCCCAUUCGGAUGGACUGGCAGGCUCCCAGGCAAGCCUCGUGA